AUGAUCGCCUCGUCGCUCUUGCUCGCCCUGCUGUUUCCUGUCAUUUCCUGGGGUACGCCUAUGCGACGAAGUAUGCAGGUGCAGGAAUCGCGCACGAGCCCUCCUUCGGGAUACACGGUCACUGGAUCUGCGACCCCGGACGCCGUCCUCACACUUCGUCUCGCCCUUACCCAAAGUGAUUAUACAGGGCUUGUUGAUGCGUUGUACGACGUCAGCACGCCUUCGAGCGCGAGUUACGGAGCGUACCUCAGCAAGGAAGAUGUUGAGGCAUACAUGGCACCGACUGCUGCGAGUACCUCAGCAGUGAAUGCGUGGCUGGCUGAAAAUGGAUUGCAAGCAACUACGCUUUCAUCGGCUGGCAACUGGCUCUCAGUACAGAUGCCCGUCAGCAAGGCGGAUGAACUUCUUGACGCGGAGUUUUCUGUCUUCACCCACUCCACAACUGGCAAGCAGGCUGUUCGUACGCUUGCGUACUCGAUCCCCACGGAUCUAGUGGGUCAUCUCGACUUGGUGCAUCCGACCGUAUCGUUCCCCAACCCAUACAGCCACAUGCCCAUCACCGAUUUCACGUCAUCCGGACUGACUUCGGAUGUCAGCACUGGUCCAUGCAACAUCGACCUCGUCACGCCCGCAUGCCUACAAUGGUUAUAUGGCAUUCCGACCACGCCUGAGGUAAGCGACGGGAAUGCUUUAGCCGUCACUGGGUACAUCGAGCAGUGGCCACAGGAGGCGGAUUUGAUGACGUUUUUGGAAGAGCAUCGCCCGGACAUCAAACCCACGACGACAUGGACUCUCGUGACGCUGGAUGGUGGCUCAGACCCUCAGAGUCCUAAUGAUGCAGGCAUUGAAGCGAACCUCGACACUCAGUAUACGAUCGGCCUCGCAACAGGCGUACCCGUCACCUUCAUCUCCGUUGGCAACACCGAUAACGGUACGGACGACGAAUUCGCCGAGACGCUCAUCGAUACGGCGCUGUACAUGCUGCCUUCUCCCCCACAGGUGAUGACGACAAGCUACGGCGAUGAUGAGGAGUACAUUUCCGAGAAUCUUGCAUAUGCUUUGUGUGCCGCAUAUGCGGGCUUGGGCGCGCGCGGUGUCUCUGUGCUGUUCGCUUCUGGUGACGGCGGCGUCUCUGGCCUGCACUACCCCGAGGAAACAUGCACGACCUUCAUCCCAACAUUCCCUUCUGGAUGCCCAUAUGCACUAACAUCGGCCACAAACAGUCUAACAUCGGUUGGCGGAACCUACCUCAUCCCGGAGACGGCCGUGAACUUCUCGAGCGGAGGCUUCUCGACAUUCUUUGACCGGCCCACGUACCAAGACACCGCGGUUGAAGAGUACUUGACUUAUCUGGGCGCCACCAAUGCAGGGUUGUAUAACCCGAACGGACGCGCGUUCCCCGAUGUCGCCGCGUACGCUGUCGACUUCGACAUCCUCUAUGCAGGCGAGGAGGGCGGCGUGAGUGGGACGAGCUGCGCGAGCCCAACCUUCGCAAGUGUCAUGUCACUUCUUAACGGCGAGCUCCUCGCGGCGGGCCGUCCUGCACUGGGCUUUUUGAACCCGUGGCUGUAUUCGUCGGGCGCAUCCGCGCUGAACGAUAUCACGGUCGGAAAUAACUACGCGUGCUCUAAUUACACUACUGGGUUUACUGCUACUGCUGGCUGGGACGCAGUGACGGGUCUGGGCACGCCGAAUUAUCCGAGGCUGAAGGCGGCACUGGGAUUGUAG